AUGAGGACUUCGGGGCGAUAUUUCAAGGGUCUUCUUGGCAUGGCAGGUUCCAGAAGUCUGGCAAGCAGACUCUACCUCCAGUAUUUGCGACCGCUUCAUUUGCUAUUUGCCAAUUUUUGUUCCACUGCGCACUUGUUAGCAUUAUCUGACACGCCAAACGCUAUGGGAACCGAAGUCCCCAAGUACAGCUCACUGCUGACGAUCCCACUUGAGAUCCGAAAUCAAAUAUACGACCUCAUUCUAGGUGGUCAAGUCAUUUUGUUCAUCUCCACCCAAGGGACGCAGUUACGGCAUUGUCUUUGUCCAGCAAAAGAUCAGAAGUUCCAUUUUAUACAAUACAUCGAUGGACAUAGCUCAUGGUCUCAUUGCGGCAGCCAUCGUAGAGCGCCCGCUACCUACAAGCGACUUCCCCUUCUAUUAACGUGCCGACAAAUUUACUCGGAAGCAGCGAAUAUUUUAUGGGCUCAUAAUACCGUUCAUCUCCAUGCUGGAACAUAUCCAAGGUUCCAGAUUCUGUCUCAUCUAAAAGCUACCUUGCCAUCUUACGCAUUCAACGGAAUUAGAUCGCUUGAGGUCUCAUGUCUAUAUGGCAUUCAUCAUGGAGAACAAUCCCUCAAUAAAGAUUGGUUUGAUCACUGGGAUGGAAUGUGGAGCGUUGUCAAGAUUAUGGAAGGACUCCUCGACCUCCAGGUUUGGGUAAAAUUGGACCAAGACGUGAAUAUUGAACUGGAAUCUCGGCUUCUCCAGCCGCUCAUGGAGUUGAGAGUCAGAAAUUUCAACUUAGAGGUCACAUGGCCAGCAAGUGAAGGUUAUGAGACCUUAUGGCUGGGAGCACCAUUUUCGCUGGUGAGGAACAACAGCCCAAUCCCGGGAAAGCCAGAGUUAGGCAUGGAGAUAGUGAAUGGUGGCCCACUUUGA